GCCAGGGCGAGGAAGCCGGGACCUGUGCUGAGAAAAAAGAAGGGGGGCCGGGGUCAGGAGCGUCCCCUCCCCCCUUUUCCCCCCUCCCCCUGGGGUUGGGGGGGCCGGAGCAGAGAGCGCCCAGCCCGGGAGGUGGAUGAAUGUGGGAGAAAAUGGAGACCAAGACGAUCGUGUACGACUUGGAUACGUCGGGGGGGCUGAUGGAGCAAAUCCAAGCUCUGCUGGCUCCCCCCAAGACGGACGAGGCGGAAAAGCGGAGUCGGAAGCCUGAGAAGGAGCCCCGGAGAAGCGGCAGGGCCACCAACCACGACAGCUGCGAUAGCUGCAAGGAAGGUGGGGAUCUCUUGUGCUGCGACCACUGCCCGGCCGCCUUCCACCUCCAAUGCUGUAACCCUCCACUGAGUGAAGAGAUGUUGCCUCCUGGGGAGUGGAUGUGUCACCGGUGCACCGUUCGCCGAAAGAAACGAGAGCAGAAGAAGGAACUGGGCCAUGUCAAUGGACUGGUGGACAAAUCCAGCAAAAGGACUACAUCCCCCAGCAGUGACACUGACUUGUUGGACAGAUCAGCUAGCAAGGCUGAGCUCAAGGCCAUUGCCCAUGCCCGGAUCCUAGAGAGGAGGGCCAGCCGGCCUGGCACGCCCACAUCCAAUGCCAGCACAGAGACUCCCACCUCUGAGCAGAAUGACGUGGAUGAGGACAUCAUUGACGUGGAUGAGGAGCCUGUAGCAGCAGAGCUGGACUAUGUGCAGCCCCAGCUGAGGCGGCCCUUUGAGCUGCUGAUUGCUGCCGCCAUGGAGCGGAACCCCACCCAGUUUCAGUUGCCCAAUGAACUGACUUGUACCACUGCACUACCAGGUUCUAGCAAGAGAAGAAGAAAGGAGGAAACCACAGGGAAAAAUGUUAAGAAGACACAGCAUGAGUUAGAUCACAAUGGUCUCGUUCCCUUGCCGGUCAAAGUCUGCUUCACAUGUAACAGGAGUUGUCGCGUGGCCCCUCUCAUCCAAUGCGACUAUUGCCCUCUCCUGUUCCACAUGGACUGCCUUGAGCCACCGCUCACUGCCAUGCCCCUGGGCAGAUGGAUGUGUCCAAAUCACAUCGAACAUGUGGUGCUGAACCAGAAGAAUAUGACGCUGAGCAAUCGGUGCCAGGUGUUUGACCGUUUCCAGGACACCAUUUCACAGCAUGUUGUCAAAGUGGACUUCCUGAACCGAAUCCACAAGAAACAUCCUCCUAAUCGCCGCUUGCUCCAGUCGGUCAAAAGAAGAAGUUUGAAGGUUCCUGAUGCUAUAAAAUCUCAGUACCAGUUUCCACCCCCUCUCAUUGCACCCGCGGCCAUUCGGGAUGGGGAGCUGAUCUGCAAUGGGAUCCCUGAGGAAUCACAGAUGCACCUUUUGAAUUCUGAGCACUUAGCCACCCAGGCAGAGCAGCAAGAGUGGCUCUGUAGUGUUGUUGCGCUCCAGUGCAGCAUACUGAAACAUUUAUCUGCUAAGCAGAUGCCUUCGCAUUGGGACUCUGAACAGACAGAGAAGGCUGAUAUUAAGCCUGUUAUUGUGACUGACAGCUCAAUCACCACCUCCCUGCAAACAGCUGACAAGGCACCUACACCUUCCCACUACCCCCUGUCCUACCCCUCAGGGAUUAACACCCAGAAUUCCCUGAGCUGCUCUCCACCCCACCAUCCCCCAGCCCUAGAGGACAUCAGCUGCAGUUCUUGUGCGGAAAAAUCCAAGAAAGCCUCCUGUGGGACUGCCAACGGGCCAGUGAACACAGAGGUGAAAGCCAAUGGCCCACACCUCUACAGCAGCCCCACUGACUCCACGGACCCCCGGCGACUUCCGGGCACCAACACCCCCCUACCAGGCCUCUCACACCGGCAAGGCUGGCCCCGGCCCCUCACGCCACCAGCGGCUGGGGGGCUUCAGAACCACACCGUCGGCAUCAUUGUGAAGACAGAGAAUGCCACUGGCCCCAGCUCUUGCCCCCAGAGGAGUUUGGUUCCUGUCCCAAGCCUGCCCCCUUCCAUUCCCAGCUCUUGUGCCAGCAUCGAGAACACCAGCACUUUGCAUAGAAAGACUGUCCAAUCACAGAUAGGACCUCCGUUGACAGAUUCCAGGCCACUGGGCUCACCCCCAAAUGCCACCCGGGUGCUCACUCCCCCCCAAGCAGCAGGAGAUGGUAUCUUGGCCACAGGAGCCAACCAACGAUUCUGCUCACCAGCGCCAUCCUCAGAUGGCAAGGUCAGCCCCGGCACGUUAUCCAUAGGAAGCGCUUUAACCGUACCCUCUUUCCCAGCCAACUCUACUGCCAUGGUGGACCUCACCAAUUCGCUUCGAGCAUUUAUGGAUGUCAAUGGAGAAAUCGAGAUAAAUAUGCUGGACGAGAAGCUGAUCAAGUUUCUGGCCUUGCAGAGAAUACAUCAGCUUUUCCCCUCCCGGGUCCAGACUUCACCGGGCAGCAUUGGAGCACAUCCAUUGGCUUCUGGAGGGCACCACACAGAAGUUCAAAGAAAGGAGGUACAAGCCCGAGCUGUGUUCUACCCCCUCUUAGGGUUGGGAGGAGCUGUGAACAUGUGCUAUCGAACCCUCUACAUUGGGACAGGAGCUGACAUGGACGUGUGCCUUACAAACUAUGGUCACUGUAACUACGUGUCUGGGAAACACGCCUGCAUAUUCUACGAUGAGAAUACCAAACAUUAUGAGCUGUUAAACUACAGUGAACACGGGACAACGGUGGACAAUGUGCUGUAUUCAUGUGACUUCUCUGAGAAGACCCCGCCAACCCCCCCAAGCAGUAUUGUUGCCAAAGUGCAGAGUGUCAUCAGGCGCCGCCGGCACCAGAAACAGGAUGAAGAGCCAAGUGAGGAGGCAGCCAUGAUGAGCUCCCAGGCCCAGGGGCCACACCGGAGACCCUGCAACUGCAAAGCCAGCAGCUCAAGCUUGAUUGGGGGCAGUGGGGCUGGCUGGGAGGGCACAGCCUUACUGCACCAUGGCAGCUACAUCAAGCUGGGGUGCCUACAGUUUGUCUUCAGCAUCACUGAGUUUGCGACCAAACAGCCCAAAGGCGAUGCUGGCCUGUUGCAGGAUGGGGUCUUGGCCGAGAAGCUCUCCCUCAAGCCCCAUCAGGGCCCUGUGCUGCGCUCCAACUCCGUUCCCUAGGCCUGGCCGCCAUCCACCUGGUCACCCAACCUAAGACUCCUGCAAUGCAAAAAUGUACACAAACCAAGCCCGGGUUUUUUUCUAUACUCUACCAGAAACCCUUCAACUACAAUCUUUGCAUGAAAUGAAGAAAACCUUUUGACUGUUUUUUAAAAAUCCUUUUUCUUUUCUCAAGUUCUAGGGGGCAUUUGCACAUAUAUUUGUACUCAACAUUUCAUGGGAAAGCGGCAGACCUGAGCUGAGGAACAGCGUGGGCAGGGAGGGGAGGCCAAUGGUCUGGACGCUUCUCCAACACAAAAACCGUUCCCCACCCACCUCCUGCUCCCUCCCCUUUGCCCACCGUUGUAAAAUAAUCAGAAACUUGUUCUAUUUUGUGGCAGUGACAAUAGUUUUAUAUUAAAAGAAAAAAAUACAGUUUUCAUACAGCAAAAUCUA